GAAUCGUACACAAGUGACCUUCUGGAGAGGUAUCCCGAUGUGAAGGAAUCACUGGUUCCGAUCGGAAGGGUGGAAGAUGGUGAAGAAUCACCACCAGACCCCUCUGACAUAAGAAAGGCGCAGGCUCUCGUUGGGGAGCUCUCCCUGGGAGCGGAGAUUGAGUCCGAGUGUUGUAUGGAGAUUCCCAAUCAGGCAGUGCAACAGGAGGUAUGGAAACUGAAGCACAUGGCUGGGGUGGAACUGGCAGCAGACUUCCUCACAAAACCCAGCACUGUGGGAACUACGUGGGCGAGGUUCAGAACCUUUGCGGGGUUCUACGACAUGGCCGAGCCUGGGGACCUGGAGAGCUUGAAGAAGAUCGCGAUCUGCAAGGACUGGGGUCUGAAGGGUUUAGCGGUAGCUGUAGAGUUAGAAAAGUGGAAUCUGUCUGUAGAAGAGCAGAAGACGGGUUCGGCUACCGGGUUCGGGCGCUACGCGCGGGAGCCAUGGACGCUGCGCCGACUGCUGCCGCAGCUGCUGGUGGAGCUGGCGGCGAUGGUGGAGAAGAUCGGCCUGAUAAGUCUUGGGUGGAGCCCAAGCCAGGGCGAUGAGAGGAAGCACCAACAAGAGCAGAAGGACGAAGACUUGACUAGACUCCACGAUGGAGAAGCCAGAGACUCGGGGCAUCGAACCCAACAUCUGAUCUGGUUUGAGGGCCAGCAGGAGUUGGCCUUACGCCAUGAAGUUAUGAAGGCCAGACAGGUAGCUGCUGACCAUGGGGACUGGCCGAGCUGGGAAGGGAUCUCAGUGGAAGAGUCAGACGAAGAGGCUGACCCAGGACAGGCCUUGCCUCAUGAACACCUGGAGCUUAUGAGGCUGGAUGAUCAGGUGCCACCGGGAGCCGAGGAGAAGGGCCUUUCACCCGGUCCACAAGAAGGCUCCCUACGCGGCUUGUUCGCUGGAGCCUAUACCAGGGUCACUGUGGGCUUCGUGGGCCGAGAAGGAAGUUCAAGGUUGAGGACCAGUGGGCUGAUGCUGUCCGUGAUCUUGGCCAAGGAGAAGAUGUACUGCGAGGUGGACAAGGGCAUUGUUCUCUACUACCUGACCUACCAGUUGGCGAUGACCAAGCAGCUGGACCUGAUGGCGGGACGUAUGCCACUGCGGCAUCUCCUGCAACAGCUGCUCCAAAGGCGGCUCCAGCAACUGGCUACGCUGGUGGCCGUGGGCUGUUGGACCGAGCACAGCUUGUGGUGGCCGACCUUCGCCGUCGCGAUGGGGAUCUUCAACCGGAAGAAGGUGAACUGA